CAAAGAAAAGAAUUGUUGCAAUAGUCAAUUUUUAUUGGCUGCAUAAAAGUUUUCUGCCAUAACUAUUUAAUUUUUGAAGCAGCAAAUCGCAAUUCCAAUGUAUGAUUUUAGAUAGGCCAACGUAACCAACUUUCAAAGGUAGUAAGUAGUUGGCUCAUUAGGCAAUUUCUUAGCUGCGGUGACCUUACCGACAAGGUUGAUAAGACAGUUGGCCGGGCUAGCAAACUCAAAUUUGUCUGUCGUGCAAGCGCUCGGCGAUAGGAGUUUGUUUUCGUGAAGUUCGCCGGGCCGCUGCGGCACCGGGCUCUUUCCCGCGUAAAUAACCACGUAACCGACUGAAGCUUUGCGCGUUACGCAUCACGCAGAAAAUACGUGGAUACGUGCCAUGGUACUCUAUAAGCCUGCUCCAGCCUAAGAUCUAUCGGAGAGACGAAAUCGCUCGCACGUUCGCAGUAAAUAGUGUAAGAGGAAGAGGAAAGAAGAGAGAGAGAGAGAGAGAGAGAGAGAGAGAGUGACCGGCGAAAAAGUAUUUCCAAGUGCGGUGCCAGACUGUGCGCGAUUCGCAGUAAUAUAAAAGACUUAUUUGUCGUUCAAACUCAACAAGAAUCUCUUCGUCUCGAUACUGAUUCCAUCAUAAAGCCUCUUAUAUCAGAAAUAAACGGUGAGAGAGAGAGAGAGAGUGACCGGCGGAAAAGUAUUUCUAAGUGCGGUGCCAGACUGUGCGCGAUUCGCGAUUCAGAAUGGUAUCGAUAAAUAUUUGAGCAAUGAAUCUCAUUCUGGAAUGACAAAUAUUGAAGCUUUCUGGACUGCUACGCAAGCUGCUCAUGAAGAGCAUAAGUACUAUAUAAAACAUAGAAAUAUAAAAGAGUUCGUAAUUAUUCGUUUCGUUUUUUCUGCUGAACGUAGCCAUUUGACAAUCAUUAUUAUGGCAGACGAGUGGACAAUUAAUAUAUUAAAGAAGUGGGAAUUUUCAUCUUAUGAAGCAAUAUUUAAAGAACAUGAAAUAGAUAAGAAUAGCUUUUUAAAACUAAAGGAAGAGCACAUACGUCUUUUGAUUCCUCUAUUUGGCCCACAAGUUAAAUUUUUGAACUUAUGGACAAAUUUAGUGUCUUCAUCAAUGAAGGUUGAGAAUGCAGUAGAUCUGGAAGAUAGAGCUAUUGAGACAAUAAAUGCCGUUGUUGCUGCCGAUGGUAGUCUUUUGGAAGAAUUAAUCUUUGCAAAUAUACCUGAAGAACAAAAAGUUGAUGAGGAAUUACAAGUUAAUGAGGAGUUCCCUACUGAUCCCCUGUCAAUAGAGAUUGAGGCAUCACAGUCACAGCAAGUAAAACGUUGCAAGAAAAAUUCUUUGAAUGAAAACCGAAAACCUACUUGUGUUUCAAAUGAUGUAAGGCUUUAUCUUGAACGAACAAGUGAUGGCAAGAGCUAUUUUGGUCUGUAUAAAAAUCAAGGCUUCGACAACGCUCUGAGAUCAGAUUUAGCAAAAUACAUAGUAACAGCAGAGUUAGCUAGUGAUCCGAACAAACGAAUUACUUCGGAUGAUUUCAAGCGACUUAGUCAACAAAUCAUAGAACUUUUUCCUACGGAAAUUGUGGAUACUUGGUACAUUCCGAGAAGAAAGAAGACUACUGGGACUGAUCGAGCAGUACAACCUAAAGGAAAGCUAUACGAUCAGUACACGAAAUUAAUUGGGAAACUUAGAAAAGCAGAGCUUCGGAGUGGCAAUUUACAGGAAGAAGAGCAGGACGUGAAUGACUCUCAUGACUUUAAUGGAGCGGGUUCUUCAGAAACACAGUUAGAUAACCUACAGUGGUUACGGAGAUGCCUGGAGCCACAGAAUGAGGCCAUUAUAAAGUGGAAAGAGACUGCCUCCAUAAGACUUUUGAAACUCAGAAAUACGGAAUACAGACAGAAAAAAGGCAAACACUUUAUUGGUGCAAUUACUGACUACUUCAAUGAAUUUCGUAUUUUGCGACAGCCUUGGGGUUAUAUUUUGUUGGAACAAGACUUCAACUACCUGUACCCUAAUCAUUCAAUGCAACUUUUGUCCAAUUGGGAGAAAAUUGUUCAAAGAAUAAAAAGUCUUUUAAAGACUAACAUAAUAUCCUCAACUCCUGAAGAGGAAACUGUGGAGGUGUUGCUAGCAAUCCCAACACUUUUCUCUCCAAAAAAUGUUGGAAAGUGGCGUCCUACGGCUGCAGAUUUAAGUGCUGGUUUCCUGCUGCAUAUCAAGGCUUUACGAGACUUGGAAGUGCAAGUGGAACGCAUGAGGCAGAAGCUAUUUGCUGCUAAGAAGCAACUUCAGCCGUUCCCUGUCAUCAUUGGUGAAAAUACAGCAAACAUAACAGAAUCGUAUGUUUAUAUCGACAAUUUUCCAUAUAAGGUAGAGAGCCCUUUACGUGCAAUAGAUGUGUGUUUCAAAGCGUAUCAGGCUUUGCAUGCAUCCUAUCCCUUUCAGAGUAGUCAGCCAUGGCUUUUUCUUCAGCAAGCUAUUUAUCAAUUGAAAACUCAAUGGGAUGAACAUGUACCAAGUGUAGCAACAUUGGUGAAUGAAUAUUUACAGUUAACAGAUGAUUAAAUUACUUCAAUUUUGAGUUGGGAAUAAUUUUGUUUUGCAUUGAACUUUAAUUAAUUUUUAGAUAUUUUUGAAUGUUCGAAAA